CCUGUUGUCGUGAGUCAUGGCAAACGUGCCUUUGGACCGCGUGCCGGGGCGUUAUCGUUUAUCCAUGCUACUUUGCUGCAAGUAGCUCACCCGGUUCUGCCGACGUGCAUCUUUGUGUUACCAUCGGACAGCCUCUCGUAGGCGUCUUCCGCCGUCAUAACGGAUCCUCGCCUUCGGCAAUCCCAUUUCGUCGACCUUGGGAGCUCAUCGACACGGAUUGGAUGUUCUCUCCGCCAUGACCUCCAACCGGCCUUGGCCGAGGCGCAUGUUUUUGAUCAGUACCAAUUGCUGUCGCAGCCUUCGUCCCAUCUAACCCCACACUCAUUUAAACCCUCCUCCCAGUCCCAGCAGUCUGGAUGGUGUACUGUAGCGGGACCCCAGCAAACCAGGCGCCGUCACAAAACCCGCAUUUAUAGAUCGCUGGAUUGCUUAUUUUCCUACCCGUCCAGAUUCAAAUUAUCAAGCAUAUCCUCUUCUCCUCUGUCUUGAGUUUCUUAUCCAGCCAGAUGGCCUCGAUUAUGAGUUUGCAUCUUGUCUCCUGAGUCCCUUCAUCAUUGAGCUAUUCGGCUAGUCCAACUUCGUCGGCAUCCCUAUCUGCGGAGCCGCUCAUAAGUUCAACAAUUAGUCGCCUCCUUCUUCUCCACGCUUGUCAUCAUUGUUUCAUACUCUGACUCUCUGGAAGCUGAUUUAUGCCCAAGGGGGUUGGGUUCUUGUGGAGACUACGCACUUAACCGAGACGAGUAGCUUCAUCGACGGUUCCAAAUCAGUCAUGUAACUGUAUCGUCAGUUUCGAUACUACACACAGUUGCAAACCAUGUCAACUAUACAAAGCCAGAGCUCACCGGCUACUUUACUAUGGGAUCACCAAGAGUUGAUUCCCCUUCAAAAGAACCUAGGUGAUGAGGAUUUAGUCUUGUUAUUAACACCUGCUGCUGUCCCUUUAGACCAGAGUCUUGCCAAUGCAAGUGACCCUUUCGAGCCUCUCGGUAAAGCACUUGCGCGCACACAUCCGUGGAUCCGGCAUGUUCCUUAUACUAAGGAGCGUGGCAUUACCGGCAUUCAUGUGGCAUUCAUCAAGAGAGCACGAGUCGUUAUCUUUGUGCUGACUGGCUUCUCGACAGAGGAAGGUUUAUUUCAGCUUGAACUCGCCGAGGUUGCUCGUGAGGUGUGUGAAGAACGCCCUUUAGUGCUUGUAGCCUGCUGUGAAGUUUCGGAAAAGGGGGCCCGCGAGUAUGGUUUCCCAACUAUCAUUCAGUGUCCUGGGUACUCUGCGACAGACUUACAAGCCGUCGCUGUUCUUUUGACAAGUGAACGACGGACAACAGAGGUCACGCCGACGACCAGUAACUCUCCUCCCCCGCCAACUUGGUCGCUCCUGAAAUGGGACUACGACAGAGAUCUCCCAGAAACCCACGCUUUAUGGGAAGCAUGUUUGCCUUCCAAGUUCCAUCUAAAUCGCUCGACUCUUGGUUCUCUCUUGAAACGCGAUGGAUAUGCCAUGCAUUACAUGGUUAGAGAACCCCAUAAAGGGCAGGCCAUUGGAUUUUGUGCAACAUUCACAACGUUUACGGAUAGUAGUGGCGACCGACUGAUUGGAUCAGUAGCCGCCAUCAUCGUUCACAAAGACUUUCGGGGUCAAGGUGUUGGGCGCUUCCUCCACGACGAAGUCGUGAGCAAACUCAACAAGAUUCGAGGUGUCGGCAUCAUUCAGCUUGGAAGCACAUUUCCAAGAUUACUUUACGGUCUGCCCGCUCCCGAAACCGAUACGGAGUGGUUCGAAAAACGAGGUUGGAACAUGAAGGAAUCCACACCUGGAAACGGGCGGCGAGUGCUCGAUUGGCUCUUGAGAUUUGCCGACUAUCCAGUUCCUGAUCUAGCUUCUGCUGGCUUAACGUUCAGGCCAUGCCAGCUAACAGAUUACCAGAAGGUUGUCGACAUGGCAAAUAAGGAGUCACAGAAGAGAUACGGGUUUGGGUGGUACGACCAAUACGCCAAAACUAUGGACAGUUGCUACAUGAAUGACAUUGUAGUCGGGCUUGAAGGGGAAAAUCUGGUUGCUGCGGCAAUAACAUAUUUUCCAGAUAAUGGGAGCCCUUGCGGCGCAGAUAUUCCAUGGCCAGCCUCAAUCGGACAGAGCAUUGGAGGAGUUUCGUGCAUCUGCAUCAAAGAUGAAGACCCGGAUAUGGUCAAUCGCCGUGACUCGGUGGCUACUAGAUUGCUCCUGGCUUGUCGGCAGACCCUGAGUGAGAGAGGAAUGGUUGGAAUGUUUGUUGAUGGCAGCAGAUCGGACGAAAACGUGCUGCAGUCUUUAGGUUUCUGCAAAUGGGCAGAAUACAAAGAGCUUUGGCGCAAAGCCUAGGAAUGAAUCUCCAUCACACCAGGGGCCACACAAUAUGAACAUGAUCAACAAUCCUGCCAAAAACAGCCGGUAGAAGGAAGAGGUGUGAUUCAACGAAUUUAUUCCGAGCUGAAAACUCAAAUACAGCUCCCGAGGACACGCCUCUUGCAGCUUUAUCUUAGGUACCGUUUUUCUUAUCUGGCUUUUACGACACUUGGCGCAGAGUUACAACUUAUAUCCUCCUUUUCUACAUCAUCCAAAGACAUCAUGAUACGAUUUGACAAGCAAAAUCCCACGAACAGCAGCAUACUGCGUCGGCCGACGUGUUUGACUAUAUCAUGGCGCAACCACUUAUCUAGGCAACCGCAAAAAGCUACCUUACGCAAGAGCAACUAUUUGCCCUCGUCAAACAUUGGUAUUAGCCAACAAGUCUCGUUUUAAUCCACAACCUGAUUUUACGACUAGGAUAUUACCGGGAAUCUAGCAGAAUGAACCGAUUCUGGAUUGUGCGCUUCUAUCAGCUGCUGACGUGCGACAAAAGACUGUUGGAUUUUGCCAUCCUACUUCGGAACCCUGCGAUAGCAAAUCACCAUGUGUGAUCUGCCUGCAGUGCUCCUGCUAUCCCUACGUUGCCAACGCAGAAUAACCCCUUAAUGCAUGCAUCUUAUAAUCCCUAUUGGCUCUUUCACUCAUGUCACUAUCCUUAAACCCUCAUUUGCUUACAAAUGAGCCCAGCCUCUGAUCCUGUGCUACCGUCUUCGUAUACCGCCCAACCGCCAAGGCUCUUAUGUCAAGCAACAGCUAAAGCUUGUGAAUUGCCUACUGCUUUUGGAUGAGGUUUUGACCGCAAAAUACUACACGCGCCGCACUUGUGUAACGGUGACCUUACUUGCUGCUAGUGGAUCAACAUGAGCCAGCCCGUUUGGGCUGACAAACAUCCCAGGCAGUCAUGCAACCAGGCGGGUUGCGACAACGAGACACUGCAGUCUACCAAACGAUAUGGGGUUUUGAUAGGCGGGUUUAAGCAGACUGAGCGUUGGUUACACAACAGCCUCUCAACUACGCAGCAGCGUUGUACGACGAAAUAUUUUGCAUCGGCUGAUCAGGUCGGAUGAGCUCUGUACGUGGAUGCGUAAGCCUGCAGGCUUUCAGAAAAGUGAUUUGCUCCAACAACCACUUUCUUAAGGUGAGUACUAUCAAGUAAUAUUGGCAAGACCAUUAAAUGUCUUCUAGCAGUCUAAUAAUGUUCUACUUCGAGCGAGACACAGCUCCAGGGUAUAUCGAAGUGGGCUGUAAGCAGAAAUAGACAGGAAAACAGACUUGAAAUAGGGAUAGAACAGGCAAACAUCAAGUGUGACCUAGAGCAAAAACUUUUGAACCCCCCCUCCAUGACACCUAAUAUAUAGACAGACGCCUCCGCCCUUUUUUGAAAAACAUAAUGAUUUUGCUAAUGUAACUCCUUCCUUCACGUUUCCCGCGCCCCGUUUAAUAGCACAUUUUUUUUAGGCCCAUUUGGAAAAGUCGACGGUGUCAGUGUGUGAAUCUUGCGCGUGAAAUGGACCAAUCUCAGUGUCAUUUGUUGUUGUAGAUGAUGACAACAUUGAGGAUCGAUGUGAGGUCUGCUCACUUGUGCUUGUGAAAAAGGUGGCUACACUUGUGCGACGUAGACUCGUAAAGCUAUCGCGGACGGUGCUGGCUGGUCGCGACGACGAUAUAUCUCCCUGUGGCAGGAGCGGCUGUUGUUGGUGUAACGGAGGUGCGCCCCCGAGAGAUGAGUUCUGUGAGGCCGAGGGUGUUAUUUGCCCAGAUUUUGAAGGUGUGUACUUCUCCCGAAGCCUUUUGAUAGCACGGAGGCGACUUCUCCACGAGCUGACAUGCUCACCACCCUCACGAUUAGCCCAGACGUGAGAGAACACCGAAGCAUUAAGAGCCAACAAACGGAUCAGACCUGGGAGAGCUUUAAGUGAUACAAUCUUCAUCUCUGAAGCGGGCGAGAUCUCAGGGAAACCUGGCUUGCUCAAGACCUGAACGCGAUAAAAGGGCUGACUGUGUUUGGACGCGUCUCUAGCAGCAAUAAACGAAGCCCUUGACGCUGGUGUAAUGACAAUAUGGACAAAAUUGAAGUCGCCCGGGAAAGUAUCAAAUCUGAAAGGCAGACCUGAAUCGUUGAACACAAUGUUAACAAAAUCAUUGCCAAUAUGGCGUUUCUUCAUUGUGCAACGUGGGUCAUGUUCCAGGUUCGUAGGCAUCUGUGUGGUGACGUGAAACACGAUUUCUGUGACACGAUCUCGCCAGCAAAAAGUAUACUGGCCAUCAGAGUCAAAUUCGCGAUCGAGUCCAUGAGUGUUGAACGUCGCUCCCUUGAGCUUGGUCAAUGUGCCAAGAUUGUUGAGGAACUCCAUGUAAUCGCUGCUACCAGACACAUUCCCAAGAAUCUCGACUUCAUCAGUCUGUCCCUCUCCAAUGUAUAUGACGCCGACUUUGUGCCCAUCAACAGUAGAGCUUCGAUCAAAGACUCGAAUGGCUCUUUCAACGGCAUCAUCCUCAGGGAGCGGAAUAGGUCGCGCUAGAUCAUGACCUUGAGGGAUGGACGACAUCAGUUGUACCAUGAUGUGACUGGGCAAGAUAGUAUUCGUCGAGACUUGUCCCUCCCUGCUAAUAUCCACGUAAUUGGGUGUUUGAUGCGGAGGCGGUGGAUCAAACGUUUCUCGAAUCGUGAAGGCCGAGGUGCCUGAAGGCUGUCUCUUGACAAUUUGAGCCCAGCCAGUGGUCGUGGCCUGAUUUACGGUGACGAUGCUGUAACCAACCAACCAUCUCUUCUUUAUGAUCUCUCCGAAUCGAUCCGAUGUAAAGAGAGGGUCUUGGGAUGAUUCCUCCACGUCAGCGUAUGUAUACCUUUGCAUGAAGUCGAUCGAAGUGAGUGCUUGUUCGUUAUCUGUGUGCGCAUCUUCAAUCUCGUUGUAUAUGUUCCGGACAAGCCACCCAACCAAGGUGGCCCGGUCUGGCAGUUUUAACGCAAGGAACCAGAAGAGUAUCACAUGGUAUGCUAAUGCAUACACAUACUGUGGUAAAUCGUCUGUUGCGCUUGGGUGUAUGGCAUCCGAAAGGUUGCCCGUUGAGGUUGCUGGGGUAGACGGUUCGCUGGCAUGACUGUUCCUGUUGGAAGCCUUUUUGUCCCUCACAGAUUGCAGAUAGCGAAUGCAAAUUCCAAACACAAUCUUGUAUUCCUCUUCUCUGAAGUUGACAUACACGUUGUGUAAACGGCUCAGACAAGCCAGGAACUCGAGGAUAUGGAUGGAGACAUGCGGCUGGGUGAUGAUAGUAGACAUUUUGGUCAAUAGCUGAACCAGUGAUUUGCUUGUUGAGAGUGGCAAUUCAUGACAGCAUAUGGACAAGGCAUGGAUGCAGCAUUUUGCACUCCGCUCCCAAGUGGCGAUGCCAUGAACAAAUGUUUUGACUAUUUCAUCCUCAUCGCCCUUUUGAAAGUGGUCAUGGUAACUGAGAAUCAUCGUUAAACUGUGGAAGAGACAAAUCGCCACGUCAGCUCGCCUCAAGCCUGAUGCAUUUGGAGGCUCCUGAAAGGAGUUGGUUCGGAUUUGCUCGCAAAUGAGUCUUCGCAGCUCCUGAAUCUGGGGAAUGGCGUCUCUGAAAAUGGCAUGGUUGCUGAGUUGUGAUGGAAGGUGAACCAGUGCAAAACUGUACACCUCCCAGUCGCAACCGUGCAACAAGCCGAGGACAGCCUCGAGCCAAGCGGCAAUAUCGAGGGCAGUAGCCUCAAUAUUCGUUUUGGUCUUUUGUACUUCUUCCCCCAUCACGAGUUCAGCGGAGCCAGGGCUGUGAGAAACCAGAACUGGACUAAACACGCCGGUCACGGAUUCAGGCAGAGCCUCUGGGUCCGGAAGGCUCCAAAGCUGAUGAUAGCGAGCUGCACUACCACUACUGCCGAGCAGGCCACUUCCAGCAGCGACGCUUGCAGACCGAACGGGCAUGCCUCUUUCAUGGCCUUGCCCUUGGCUGAACGAAAUACCGCGAGCAGACCUGGACGACCCACCAUGUUCAUUUCUUAACAAGCGUAUAGACUGUGCAGCCUCCUCAGCCUGCUUCUUGGCGUAUGUUUCCGGGGUUCGACACAAGGAGGCGGCAACAAAAUUAGUCUCAAGUGUCUUUGUGAUGAAAAUUCGGUUGGCCCAAUCGGCACGCAGCCUAAAUAAGAGCUUCAUAGCGGUCAACCGAGCAUCGACCUCGCAGUGACUCGACUUCACAAUGUUUAUCAACGCAUGGUAUAGCCUCAAGGAUUUCCCACUGUCAUAAUCCAUAGUCUGCACAAAUAUCUUCACGUAUCCCUUGGCAACCACGUUUGAGGGCGACUGUCCUUGUGGCAGGUGUUCUUCGGAAGAUCCUUGAGCGAAUGGGCUAUGAGAUGCUGACGAUGGAAUCGGUGAUUUGAGCCUGUCGCCAAUGACGAUGCCUCGAAGGGCAUCGACGAUAUAAUCGAAUAAUUCCAUGUCACAAGAUACUACAACUGAGACCAUGAGCGACAUGAUUCCUUCGAGGACCAACACAUCCGUCUCUUCAGAAACAUCUUGAAGGAUGCUCUUGGCCAGUUGCGGGAUGAAGCUCUCUUCGGGGUCAUCGCCCACUAGAUCCACGACUUCGUAAGCGUCCAUGAUGGUUUCCAAGGCUCGAAGCCUAAUCUGUGAGGACCGAUCUCUGUUGCCAAAGAAUCCUUUUAAAACCAAGGUUAGAUUUUCCUCCCAUUGGAGAUCUGAAGGUGAACAACAUCUGAACUGCUGAAAGUAAUUCAAGACAGACGAUGCAGUUUCGUCAGGGAGGAACUGAUGGACUUCGGUUAGAAACGAAAUAAUGGUUGCCCGAGGAACAAACACAUCCGACUUUUGGUUAAUGAGCACAUCAAGCUGCUUGAUGAGGAUUAUAAGUUCUCGGAUCAGAGCUUCCUCAGGCUUCUCGUCCCUGAUAGGACUGCGGUAUCCAUCAGAGUCGCGCGGCCCAGGUAUUGCUCGUUUGGAGCAUGUCGCGGCAGCCUCGAGUAUUACGGACCAGUCCUCGUCGAUGAUCAAACGGUGUAUAUGGCCAUCGCCACCGUCAAAUAGAGCAUUAAGCAACUGAAGAAUAGCCGUCAAAGUUUUAAUGGAAGUGCCAGUUUUCGCAACUAUGGCAAGACCAUCCGCCAGUAAUGCGAAAGGUAUCCCCGGAUAGCCGUUCUCCGGGCUUUUGGACAGAACCUUUUGCAGUACGGCAAGGGCGCCGCGUAUCUCUCGGUUGACAUCCUUCUCCUUGGCCCCAUCCGUAGGAUUAUUUCGUAGAAUAUCCAAUAAAAUGCGGAUGGUCGCCUGUCCAUUAUGGCUUUUGAACAGAUUUGAGAGCGUGUUCCAGGAGUCCUUCUGAAGGCUUCCCACCAUACAAUAGAUAGAGCUGAGCACUUGAACACAGCCUUUGAGCUUAUCUUCUGGUAUAGACCCAAAUGUCACAAUUGCAUCAAUGACCGCUAUGCUCGAUCUGAGAUCCUCUUCAACGCUCGUGCUCAUGCAAAUUGCCAGUAAUCGAUCGAUCAAUCCUGUCACAGCAGAUUCAUCUGCAUUGUUGAAGCUGAACUUGAUGACGUCGAUGAGAAAAUUGAAUAACUGAGCGAGGUUUUUUUCUUCACCAGAAGCGACAGCACGAUUUCGAGAAGCGCCCUUUGAACUCCGGGACGCUUUCCUUCUAGCUGCACGCACCACAUUGUAAGAUUCCCAUAACCAAUUAGUCAAAAGAGGAAGAAGCUCAUAAUCGAAGCCUGUCAAAAUUCGGCCCCGCCGGGUCAGGUCAACAAGAGCAGCCAACUGUAGGUGAAAAUCUUCCGAGUUUGCAGGAGCUGAUAGAGUCGUGAAAUAUUCUUGCCGUUCGAGAUCAGAAGAGGCCUCGUGCUUCACACACUCCGUGAGGAGCUCCCAACCAGCUGCUCGUGCUGCUGCAGGUUUUGCGGGAUCGAUAAGGUCUUUUGCAGCAUACCAAAUAUCCAGGACAGGAUUGAGAGGGUACUCGGCAAUUGCGUAUUUCAACGAGUUGGCGGCAGCAAUGCGCUCGUUGGGUGAGCCAUUCUUGAGAAGCUCAAAGGACUCCAUGUGACUAGAAGACAGCCCAUGAGGUGGGUUUGGGGAGACGGCUGGGGCUGGAGCAUGGACGAACUCGGCGGUCGGUUGGGCGUUCGCUGAAGAGGGUGAUGCUAUAGACGGUGAGGAUUUGGAGAGCUUAGAACUUGUCAGACCCCGGAGGACAUGGGCAAGGCCACCCUGACGGGACGUAUCUGGGGAUGAUGGACCAUCUCCUGGCUGCGGUGACAUGUGCUCGUGUGAAGUCUCGUUGGAGUCUUGGUGACUAAGUGAGGCUAAACGGCGCAACAUGUUAGCAAAGGUACAGAAACCUGUGCAUUGGAAGCUUUGUCAUCGGCAAGGCAGAACGGAUCAAUCGACAUAAAACAGACAACAUGGGGCGUCAAAAGAGUCGCAACGAUAAGGUGAUGGGCACACAGGAUAUCGGGCAAGUUCAAGAGCUCGACGAGGCGUUUAGACAAGACAACGGAACUGAAUUGUCUUGUGUCGCAAGUACGACAAACGGAACGGCGUCUCGGAUGCAGUGUGCAGAGCAAAUACAAGAUGGACAGACGGUGCAAGCGAGUCUCACCGGCCAAACAUGUGCUACCUAGGCCUGAUAUGGGCCUGUAAGAAGUUGCGUGUGUACACGGGAUAAGGCGUGUUCAUUAAAUGAUCAAGGAAGGUCGUAGAUGACGUCGGGCUUCGAGUGCGAGAAUGUGUAUCGUGCAGAUUCAGUCAGGGACCAGAAGGAGUGAUGAUAACGAUAAGUGUGAUCCAAUAGCGCGGAGGUGGACGAAGAUCCGGGAUGGCACCAGACGGUGGGCAGAUCGGCGGGAUGCAAAGGCGAGAAAAAGAGGCCAGGACUCGCAGAACGACACACUGGCUAGCGCGCGAGGUGCUCGAUCACUGACUGGGUUGCUAUGACGGAUGUAUGAAGCGAUUUGAUUUUAUGAGGCUGGAGGGAUGAGAGAAUAUUGAAGAAUGGGAGACGAUGUUGGCAGAUGGUGGUUAAGUUGGUAAAGUUUG